UCGGCCGGCGGAAAAGCGGCUUAAAGGCGACGCGUGGCGCGAUGGCGGCGGCCCCACGGGCGGCCCGGCGACGCGGGCGGCUGCUCCCGGCGCUGCUACUGCUGCUGCUAGCGUCGCCGCCCCUGGGUGGCCCGUCAGGCGCUGCCGCCUACUUCCCCGAGGAGCGCUGGAGCCCCGAGUCCCCGCUACAGGCGCCGCGCGUGCUCAUCGCGCUGCUGGCGCGCAACGCGGCCCCCUCCCUGCCCGCCACGCUGGGCGCGCUGGAGCGGCUGCGGCACCCGCGGGAGCGCACGGCGCUGUGGGUGGCCACUGACCACAACGCAGACAACACAUCGGCUGUGCUGCGGGAGUGGCUGGUGGCUGUGAAGAGCCUGUACCACUCUGUGGAGUGGCGGCCAGCUGAGGAGCCUAGGCUCUACCCAGAUGAGGAGGGCCCCAAACACUGGUCUGACUUGCGCUAUGAACACGUCAUGAAGUUGCGCCAGGCAGCCUUGAAAUCAGCGCGGGACAUGUGGGCCGACUACAUCCUGUUUGUGGACGCAGAUAACCUCAUCCUCAACCCUGACAUGCUGACACUACUCAUGGCUGAGAACAAGACGGUGGUGGCCCCCAUGCUGGACUCACGGGCUGCGUACUCCAACUUCUGGUGUGGCAUGACUUCCCAGGGCUACUACAAGCGCACGCCCGCCUACAUCCCUAUCCGCAAACGGGACCGCCAGGGCUGCUUCCCGGUGCCCAUGGUGCACUCGACCUUCCUGAUCGACCUGCGGAAGGUAGCCUCCAGGAGCCUGGCCUUUUACCCGCCCCAUCCGGACUACACCUGGUCCUUUGAUGACAUCAUCGUCUUCGCCUUCUCCUGCAAGCAGGCAGAGGUGCAAAUGUAUGUCUGUAACAAGGAGGUAUACGGCUUCCUGCCGGUACCGCUGCGGGCACACAGCACGCUCCAGGACGAGGCCGAGAGCUUCAUGCACGUACAGCUGGAGGUCAUGGUGAAGCACCUGCCGGCUGAGCCAUCCCAGUUUAUCUCGGUGCCGGACCAGACACCUGACAAGAUGGGCUUUGAUGAGGUCUUCAUGAUCAACCUGAAGCGGCGGCAGGACCGGCGUGAGCGCAUGCUGCGGGCACUGCGGCUGCAGGGAAUCGCCUGCCGGCUGGUGGAGGCCACAGACGGCAAAGCCAUGAACACCAGCCAGGUGGAGGCGCUGGGCAUUCAAAUGUUACCAGGAUACCGGGAUCCCUACCACGGGCGGCCCCUCACCAAGGGCGAGCUGGGCUGCUUCCUCAGCCACUACUCCAUCUGGAAGGAGGUAGUGGACCGGGGACUGCAGAAGUCACUGGUGUUUGAGGAUGAUCUGCGCUUCGAGAUCUUCUUCAAGAGGCGCCUGAUGAACCUCAUGCGGGAUGUGGAGCGGGAGGGCCUGGACUGGGACCUCAUCUACGUGGGCCGAAAGCGCAUGCAGGUGGAGCACCCUGAGAAGGCUGUGCCCCAUGUGAGGAACCUGGUGGAGGCUGACUACUCUUACUGGACACUGGCUUACGUGCUGUCCCUGCAAGGCGCCCACAAGCUGCUGUCUGCCAGGCCACUCAACAAGAUGCUGCCUGUGGAUGAGUUUCUGCCUGUCAUGUUUGACAAGCACCCAGUGUCCGAGUACAAGGCCCACUUCUCCCCCCGCAAUCUCCGUGCCUUCUCAGUGGAGCCGCUGCUCGUCUACCCCACGCACUACACAGGGGACGAUGGUUACGUGAGUGACACGGAGACGUCAGUUGUGUGGAACAACGAGCAUGUCAAGACCGACUGGGACCGCGCCAAGUCCCAGAAGAUGCGGGAGCAGCAGGCACUGAGCCGCGAGGCCAAGAACUCUGAUGUGCUGCAGUCCCCACUGGACAGCGCAGCCCGUGAUGAGCUCUGAGGGGUCAGUGCAAAAAUAACAAAAUAACCAAAAAAUACAGCAGUCAUCACCAUGGGCAGCUCAGGCCGUAUCAGACCCCCCACAGCAGGCUGUGGCAUCUCUUCUCAACGCAGGAUGCGUCUACUCAGCAACACCUCAUAAUGGAUUGCCUACUUUAUGCCAAGUGUAGGGCUGGGCACCGGGAAAUUGGGCGGAAACUAGACCUCUGCAUUCAUCUGUUUGUUCACAUGCACAACAUUUAUGAAGCACCAGUUCCUGUGCUAUGGCAAUGAAUGAGGCAUAAUUAUUCCUUCAAUCAGCUCUUGAUUGAGUUGUCAAACAUAUAUUGAUCCCCUACCAAGAAUCAGCCCUGGUGGUGCAGUGGUUCAGCGCUCAGCUGCUAUUCAAACCCACCCAGCAGUUCCGUAAGAGAAAAGACCUGGCAAUCUGCUCCUGUAAAGAUUACAGCCAAGAAAACCUUACAGGGCAGUUUUACUCUGUCACAUGGGGUCAGUAUGAGUUGGAAUAGACUGAACAGCAACUAAUAACAACCAGGAAUCAGGCACUAGCGAUACACAUUCAGAUUUUAAACUCGUUCAAGUAUUUAUUGAGCACCUACUGUGUGUUGGGCUCCAUCCCAGAUGCUGGGAAUAUUGAGAUAAACUAGACACUUUCAUUCUUUUUUGCAGAUGGGUAUUACUAUGUACUUGGUGACACAAAGUUGUUCUUAUUGAUUCAGUGGCAUUUAUUAAGUGCCUGCUGUGUGCAAGAGCUGAGCUAGGUGCUGGGGCUGGCAGUAAACAAGGUGCUUUUGAUUCUUUUGUUGGUUUCUUCCCCAUAUGUCCAAAGAAUACCUACUACAUGCCAGGCAUGAGAGACACUAAAGUGCACAUGACCUUUGUCUGGUCCUGUUUUUUAUCACCUGCUGGGACACAAAUGAACAAUAAUGAGUUCCUUCAUUUCUUCAUGGGGCAAGCGUUUAUUGAGCCCCUUCUGUGUGCCAUGCCUUGUGGACUCCCAGUUGGGUGGGAGACUGAGUUUGAUUGUUCUUUGUAUCCCCCAUGACCCAAGCUGUGUUGCAGACAACACCUUUCAGCCCCCCAGGGGAAGGGUGGCUCUUCCCCACCUAUGGCUCAGCCCCCCGUGGGUGGGGUGCAGGAUGGGUGGGGGACUGGGUCUCCCUUGCCCACCCUGGCCCCAUUUGCUUGGCCUCCUUGCCCUUGCGUCUCAGGUGUGAUCUCUGCCUGCUUGAUGAGAUUUUCCAUUCAAGCCUUCGGGGGGAUCAUGUGUUUGGGGGCCUUCUGGGGGUGCAGCUGUACGGGUGGGGAGGGGUCCUGGGGCAAAAUAUUUCUAGCAACAUUCUAGUGGGGUUGCCAUGACCUCAGCCUGAAUUGAAUGUCAGAGCCAGCCAGCGGUGCAUCAUCCUCUUGAGGGUAACGUUACUUGCCAGGUUGGCUCCUGGGUAACUUGCUUAUUUUUAAAAUAAAUUUUCUAGUUGGUUUUCA